CCCAGAGCAGAAUGGCCUAGAGCGGGGAGGCUUGAAGCAAGGAGAGAUCGGUUCAGCACCUCAGGCAACAGUUCAGGUUCCCAUAAUACACAUGGUCUCACCUGUAACCUGAAUACCAACUUCAUACCACCCUCCAAGCCAGCGUGCUCCUCCAAUGAGAAGACCUGCCCAGGAUUAAAGAGCAGGCCACCACACCCAUUAGCCCACACCUGAGCCAGCUUCCUCCCCAACUAGGACCCAACUCCCACACACUGGAGCCAAGACUCAGUAGGACCAGCAGCAAAAUGAGAAGCCCACUGCUCUCCCUCCUCUUUCUCCUCCUGCUGCUGCUGCCGCUGUCUAUCGCCUCCUUCAGCCCCAAUCCAGAGCUUGUUGAAGGCCAGAGGGACCGCAAAGUGCCUGCAGAGAGGCACCGCAGGGGCAGAAAGCAGGAAUGUCGGUGUGAAGAUGUCUUCCAGAACACUCAUGGAGGAAAGAGGGUACGGGUAGCCAAGCCGCCUUCAAGCCACUGCCCAUGUGACCAUCUUAAAUACAAACGGAAAAAUCUGGGCUUAGGGCAUCAGAAGCACCGGAGACAAAGCUGCCUCAGGUUUCUGAAGCAAUGUCAGCUGCGGGACAUGGUUCUGCCUUUGUAAGAGCUCAGCCCAUCCCUCUGAAGCUCCAAGAUGGGCCAAGCAAGCAUCAGUCCUUGAGAUCUCUAAUCACCCGGGAAACUUGCCUCCCUGGACUUCGGCCUGACUGAAC